AUGCUGAUAUUCACUUAUUUUACUGCAUUUAACAAAGCAUUCCAAUUCACGUCGAUCACAAGUGUGGCGAUACUCGAUUGUUGGACGAUAGCUUGGGCAAUUAUUCUCACGUGGAUUUUCUUGGGCACGAAAUAUUCUGGUUGGCAAUUUUUUGGUGCAGCAGUUUGCGUGACGGGCCUUUGCCUCGUUCUUUUUUCUUAUGCUCGUUCGGGUGGUGGUGGUGUUAGCUCACAUUUCAGGUGGUUCAGUUCGAAUCCUCUGUUCAGCGAUUUUCUCGUCAUAACAGGCAUGAUAUUGUUUGCAAUGAGAAAUGUUGGUGAGGAAUUUUGUGUGAAGAAGAAAGAUCUAACUGAAGUAAUAGCAAUGAUUGGUCUGUUUGGUAUGCUGGUUAGUGCAUCUGAGAUGUAUGCUUUUCAAACUAUAUUCACAAACAUCAUCCAUAAGCUUUCUACAUUUUUUAAAACAAAUCGAGAAUUUAUGUUGUUUAAUUCCUUAACUUUAUACUUA